UACUAUGUGCGAUCUAAAACAAUACAUCAAAAGCAUUUCAUAAAAAUUAAAAAAAAAGACAUAAGAACAAAAUAUAAUAUAUCAAAUCAAAAUGUAUAUUACAAUUAUUACUAUAUGUGUGAUUAUUUUUGGUUCAUUUCUGAUUGUGUAUGGACAGACGAGUUCACAACUAAAAGGUUACAUGGACAUAAUGGAAGAAGGUUCCGAAAGUUCUAUGACUUACGAAUUUCCCACAAAUGCAAAAAUGUACGAAGCAACAGAAGAACCGAUAAUAGAUUAUGGAACAUAUGAUUUUGUAAUAAUUGGCGGCGGUACGGCUGGAUGUGUAGUAGCGAACAGACUUUCAGAAAUUGAAAACUGGAGUGUCCUUGUUAUAGAAGCCGGAAAUUACACAAGUCUUGGAGUACAUCAAUUCCUCUCAAACUCAUUUUCGCUGACACAACAUUCAAAUUUUAACUGGGGCUAUCCAAUGGUAUCACAGAGACCUGACGGCUCAGGUAAUAACGAAACAAACAGAUAUCCUCGAGGUAAGGGUGUUGGUGGUUCUUCAUUAAUUAAUUUUGCAAUCUGUACCAAAGGUAAUCCUGAAAAUUAUAAUAACUGGGCUGAAAUUACCAACGACUUGACUUGGACUUACAAGAAUGUUUUGAAGUAUUUUAAAAAAGCCGAAAAUUUUCACUGGACAGACCAAUGUGCUCCAGUAAACAUGAAAUAUCAUGGUACAGAGGGAAUGAUGAAUAUUCAACAGAGUAUACCACAUAAUUUCCUUACUCAGACAUUUUUAGAUGCUAAUAUUGACUUAAAAAUGAAUCUCACAGAUUAUAAUUCACCUAAUCAACUGGGUGGUUCUGUUUUUCAAAUUUUUCUAAAAGAUGGUAAACGCGAAGACACAGGAUCUGUUUAUAUUACUCCAUUUCUAAAAAGAGGCAACCUUCGAGUAUUAACUAACAGUUUUGUGACGAAAAUAGAAAUAAAUGGUUUAAGUAAAACGGCAUCAAGCGUUAUAUUUACCAACUCAGGACGAACAUUUCGAGUACAGGCCAAAAAAGAAAUUAUUCUGUCAGCUGGAGUAGUUGGCAGCCCACAAAUAUUAAUGCUCUCAGGUGUUGGCCCUCACAAACAUCUUCGAGAAAUUGGUAUAGAUGUUAUAAAAAAUUUAGAAGUUGGAUCUAGCUUUGUCGAUCAUCCUUUAGUUAUGAUUGGUUUUAAGUCGAAUAUGACAACUACCGAAGUACCAAUACAAAACGAAGUCGCUGAUCUGUGUCAAGGAAAAGGCAGUUUGACCAGUUUUACAAUACCACAAGGAGUAGGGUUUUAUAGAGUUAAUCUUUACGGAAAUAAUAAAGCUCCAAAUUUGGAAGUUUUUCCAUUCGUUUUAAAGUAUUCUCAAAGUGGAGCAGGACUGUAUGAAUCUGAUACUGAUAUUUACCAAGCAUAUUUCGCUGACAGAGAUCAACAGAUGGGUUUUUAUUUUUCGAACGUUGCACCGAUUUCCAAAGGAACAAUAAGGUUAAAAAACAAGGAUCCGUUUGAAUAUCCUUUAAUAAACCCAAAAUUCUUCUCAGAUGUUAAUAAUACAGAUAUUGAAGUAUCAUAUAAAGGACUAGAGUUAAUAUUUAAUAUGACUAAUACACCAUCAUAUCAAAAAUUAGGAUUCAAAUAUGUAGCUAAUCCUCUUCCCCCAUGUGAAUCAUUUACAAAAAGUUCUAGAGAGUAUUGGUAUUGUUAUAUAAGAUACAUGGCAGCUCCAUUCUAUCAUGGUACUGGUACGUGCUCUAUGGGCAAAAAUCAUGAAAAUGGCGCAGUAGUAGAUUCAAAACUUAAAGUUUUUGGUAUAAAUAAAUUAAGGGUAGUGGAUGCUAGCAUUUUCCCCACUCCAAUUGCGGGACAUACUGAAAUGCCAGUUUUAAUGGUGGCUGAAAAGAUAUCAGAUGAAAUUAAGGCGUACUAUUUAUAAAAGUAUACAUUAUAUUAGAUCCAAAUGUAAUGUAUUUAU